AUGGCACCAACGGAGAUGAUCAGCGAGAAGAGUAUUGAGUGUGACGUGACGGCGAGCCUUAACGGUGGUAAAAGGGCUUACGUCACAUUCCUAGCCGGAAACCUAGACUAUUGGAUGGGUGUGGUUGGUCUAGCCAAAGGACUUCGUAAGGUGAAAUCGGCGUAUCCUCUUGUGGUGGCGAUUCUACCGGACGUGCCAGACGACCACCGUGAAAUCUUGAGGGCUCAAGGAUGCAUCGUCCGUGAGAUCGUACCCGUUCAUCCACCGGAAAACCAAGCCGGCUAUGCUAUGGCUUAUUACGUCAUUAACUACUCCAAGCUUCGUAUUUGGGAGUUUGUGGAAUAUGAGAAGAUGAUAUAUCUAGAUGGAAACAUACAAGUGUUUAGUAACAUCGAUCAUCUUUUCGAUACUCCCUCCGGCUACUUGUACGCCGUCAAUGACUGCUUUUGCGAGGGGACUUGGUCCAAAACUCCACAGUCCAGAUCGGUUACUGCCAACAGUCACCGGAAAAGGUGUCGUGGCCGGUUGAAAGUCACGGUCCACCACCACCGUUGUACUUCAACGCCGAGACAGUUACAAGCCAAUCCCUUCGACAUACAACCUCGUACUAGCUAUAUGCUUUGGCGUCAUCCUGAAUGUGUUGACCUUGACGAAAUCAAAGUUGUUCAUUACUGUGCUAAAGGUUCAAAGCCUUGGAGAUACACCGGAGAUGAGGAGCAUAUGGACCGAGAAGACAUAAAGAUGUUGGUGAAGAAAUGGUGGGACAUUUACCAAGAUUCGAGUUUGGACUAUAAGAACUAUGUUAAGAAUGAGCCGAAGCUAAAUUCGAUAAUCAUCGAUUCUUUAGCCUCCAAGGAGUCUGGUGCCGUUACGAGUCUUGCCCCCUCAGCUGCAUAA